AUGAGCGUCGCUCGAACUCCAGUCUCAACUGCCUCGAUCCCUAGCAACGCAGCUCGGCCUCCGCAAAGCACUCAAGCUGCUGUUCCGAUCCACCCCUUCUUCCUGAAGGCCACACCCAGCUCGUCGGGCUCCCACGACCAGCAUCCGUCGCAGCCGACCACCUUUCAUCCAUACGAUCCCGAGGCCAUCAAAACAUGGAUCUACCCGACCAACAAGAGCAUUCGCGACUACCAGCUCAACAUCGUCAGCAAAGCCCUCUUCGUCAAUACGCUGGUGGCGCUCCCGACCGGUCUGGGCAAGACCUUCAUUGCUGCCGUCGUGAUGUACAACUUCUAUCUCUGGUUCCCGAAAGGCAAGAUUAUCUUCAUGGCCCCUACGAAGCCCCUCGUCAACCAGCAGAUCGAGGCCUGCUACACAAUUGUCGGACUCCCGCGAGACGACACCGAUGUUCUCACCGGCGUCAUCGCUCCUGAGCUGCGGCGAGAGCGAUGGAAAUCCAAGAGAGUCUUCUUCCUGACUCCGAACGUCAUGCAGAACGACCUCAAUCGCGGCACCUGCGCAGCCGAAGACGUUACUCUGCUCGUUGUCGACGAAGCCCAUCGAGCUACAGGCAACUACGCGUACUGCGAGGUCGUUCGGGAUUUGCAGAGCCGGAACCCCAAGUUUCGGGUUCUGGCCCUUACUGCCACGCCGGGCGGCGAGGCUCGUGCAGUACAGGAGGUCGUCAAGAACCUGAUGAUCUCCCGCAUCGAGAUCCGCACCGAAGAGUCCCUGGACAUCAAGAACUACACCCACGUGCGCACGCUUGAGCCCAUGGUCAUCGAGCCAUCCGAGAGUAUCCAGGGCAUUGCCAAUGACUUCAGCGGCAUCGCCCAGAAGUAUCUCAAAAACCUGAUCCAUGCAAAGGUUUUCUACAAAUCGGAUCCCUCCGUGGUCUCGCGCUUCGAGCUCAUGCAGGCCCGAGACCGCUUCCGCGCCGACAACCGCGCUGGCGGAGAUAUGACGCCUGGAAAGGCCUCGGCCAUCGAAGGCAUGUUCGGCGUUGCCAUGUCGCUGUGCGGCUCCUUCAACCUGCUGAUGAACCACGGCAUCAAGGUCUUCCACUCGCGGCUGACAGAGUACAUUUCCGAGGCCGAAAGCUCAGGCAAUCGCGUCUCCAGGGCACGCAGAGAAAUCAUCAACAACCCAGUCUUUCGCUCGCUAAUGGAUCGCGUCGGCGCAGCACUCGAUGCCGAAGGGUUUGUCAGCCAUCCGAAACUCGACCGGCUUAUCGACGUGGUCGUUAAACACUUUUCCGACCACGCUGCACACGUCCAAAAGAAUCCGCAGAUCUCUGCGGCCGAGGCCCAAACCAGGGUCAUGAUUUUUUCGCAGUACCGCGAGAGUGUCGAAGAGAUCUCAGCGGCACUCAAGCUGCACGAACCAAUGGUCCGGUGCAUGUCCUUUGUUGGGCAAAGUGCCAUGAAGGGCAAGAGCAAGGGGAAGGAGAGAAAGGGCUACACCCAAAAGGAACAGCUCGAGGUUAUAUCCAAGUUCCAGGCCGGGCAGUACAACGUCCUUGUGGCCACCUGCAUUGGCGAAGAAGGCUUGGACAUUGGAGACGUGGAUCUGAUUGUGUGCUUUGAUGUGCAAUCGUCCCCCAUUCGCAUGCUCCAGCGAAUGGGCCGAACGGGGCGAAAGCGCGACGGCCGAAUCGUGGUGCUCAUGUCCGAAGGCCACGAGCAAAAUGCCUUCAAGCUCUCGCAGAACAAGUACAAGGCCAUGCAGAAGCUCAUCACCGAUGGCCAGGGAAAGAAGCUCGAAAUGUAUCCUGAGCAGCACUGCCGCAUGCUACCGAUUGGCACGCGACCCAUAUGCAUCAAGAAGGAGCUCGAGAUUCCUCCGAUGAGGCUAUGGAGAUCCCCCUCAAUCGAUACAUCCAUCGGCACGCUCGCCUGCUUCCUUCGAUAG